AUGCAGGUUGACAUUGACUUCAACAAAAAGCCAAUUGUUGUAGGCAAAGAUGGUAAAGAUGUCUAUUUCAAGGAUAUAUGGCCAUCAACUGAAGAAAUUGCAGAGAAUCAGUUAUCAGUACCAACUGCCAAGCUAUAUUCAUGGGACUCGAAUUCUACUUACAUUCACGAGCCACCAUAUUUUAAAAAUAUGACUAUGGAUCCCCUUGGGCCACAUGGAGUGGAGGAUGCCAACUGCUUGAUGAACUUUGGUGAUAGUAUCACUACAGAUCACAUCUCGCCAGCCGGAAGCAUUCACAAGGAUAGUCCAGCUGCCAAAUAUCUUGUCGAGCAUGGGGUUGAUCGCAAGGACUUCAACUCUUAUGGGAGUUGUUCGCUUGAAAAUGGAGUCAAAGCAGUGAUUGCUAAAAGCUUUGAAAGGAUCCAUCGCAGUAAUCUUGUUGGAAUGGGCAUUGUUCCACUUUGUUUCAAGUCUGGUGAGGAUGCAGACACACUAGGAUUGACUGGUCAUGAGCUUUAUACCAUUGAUCUUCCCAUCCGACCAGGUCAAGACGUUACUAUCCAGACUGACACUAAAAAGUCUUUCACAUGCACAAUCCGUUUCGAUACUGAGGUUACCAAAGCUGGUGGUGAGAAAUGGAAGUUAAUGUCUGAUUCUGAGAAAGCUCCUUAUGUGGCAAAGGCUGGGAAAAGAAAAGCAGAAUACGAUAUAGCACUUGCAGCGUUCAACAAAACUCUGGUGCACGUUUAUGGGUUUUGUGAGUUUACUAGUACUGAUAAAUGGACAGGGAAAUAUAGGCUUCAUUAG